AUGCCGGCCGCGUCCGCGAUCGAUGCCCUCAACGCGUUGGAGCUCGAUGAAGAAAAGUUUUUGCACCUUCUAGGAAACUUGAUCGGUGAGUCUAAAACGUUACAGAAUACCGGCGUGGGAACCGCGCACGUCCCGAGGGAAGACAACGCGGUGAAGCACGUGCUGGAGACGCUCAAGCCGUACAGAACGGAGAACGGGGGCGUGUUGGAGGUGGAACACGUGACGUACGCGGAGGGACGCGGAAACGUGAUUAUUAAAUUGCCGGCGACAGGGGCGAACGCGAGCUCAGAUAAGGUGUUGACGUUCGCUGGAUCGCAUCUGGACGUCGUACCGGCAAAUCCCGAGGCGUGGAGCGUCGAUCCGUUCAAGCUGACGAUCGACGGCGAUAAACUGUACGGACGCGGGACGACGGACUGCCUCGGACACGUGGCGCUCAUGACGACGGUUUUCGCGCAGUUGGCGGAGUUAAAACCCGAUUUGGACACUGCACUAACGUGUGUAUUCAUCGCGAGCGAGGAAGCGAACGGGCCGGGGAUUGGGGUGGACGGAUUGGUGGCGAACGGGAAGCUCGAGCACUGCAAGCCCGGUCCGGUUAUCUGGGUCGACUGCGCGGACAGUCAGCCGUGCAUCGGCACCGCGGGCGCCAUUACAUGGUCGCUCAGGGCACAGGGACAUAGAUUCCACUCUGGUCUGCCGCAUAAGGGAAUCAACGCGAUCGAGAUGGGGAUGGCUGUGAUCGAUCGUUUGCAGGCAAAAUUCUACUCCGAGUUCCCCGCGUGUCAGGAAGAGCGGGAUUAUAAGUUCAUUACAAGCUCGACCAUGAAGCCAACACAGAUCGCAUGCGCACCGGGCGGAUUGAAUCAGAUUCCUCCGGACGCGACAAUCUCGGGAGAUAUUCGUUUGACGCCCUUCUAUCCGGUGGCGGACGUCAAGGCGUGCAUUGAAAAGGAGGUCGCGGCAAUCAACGCAGAUAUCGAGUCUCUUCCAACGAGAGGUGAGUUCAGCAAGUUCGUGAUCCCGGACGGUAAGGGUGGCAUACUUAAGGGCUCGAUCGAGCUCACCUGGGGCGAGCACUUGCUCACUGGUAUCGCAUGCGAUUUGGAGUCCCCGGCGCUCAAGACGCUGUGCGAAGUCAUCAAGGACGUCAAGGGUGUCGCCGAACCGUAUUCGCUCACCGGCUCUCUGCCUCUCGUCGCGGAGAUGCAACAAAACGGAUUUGACAUCCAACUCAUCGGUUUCGGUCUCAUGAGCACGUACCACGCGGACGAUGAGUACUGCUCGUUGGCUGACAUGAAGGAUGCCGCAAAAAUUUUAGGGCGAACAAUUGCCAAAUUUGGAUGA